UUCCGUUCUCUUUUAGUAUAUUUUUUAUCUUUCAAGAAAGUUUUCUCUUCCCGAGCCUGGGACCUGGGUGAUUCGUGCUCUUGGAGUUUUUAGGGAUUGAGUCUUUGGUGGACACAGAGUCAGGGUUAAAGAGAUAUGGCUAACCAGGGGGCGAAGAAGCGGAAAGAAGAAAACAGUAAGCACUUGGCCAAGCUUCUUCGUGUUAUCAUCAUCUGCAAUGUUAUUUAUGUCAUAGUAAGGUUGCUUAUCUUACAUUCUUCGGUAACCUGGAAACAUUUCGUUGGCCUCCUUGUGACGUCAGCAGCUUAUGCUCUUUCGUACAAACAACUUGCCCAAAUGGCCGAACCAUCUUAUGAUGAUGCUGGAGACCUUCUAGAUGGGGGUUAUGAUAUGAGCACUGGUGGAAUUUGCAGUUAUCUGCAUGACGUGAUCUAUAUUACAAGCUUUGUGCAAGUAAUGUCAAUCCUCUCCGGCAAAUUUUGGUACACAUAUCUGGUGAUUCCAGCCUUUGCUGCAUACAAACUUUCUGGUCUUGCCAAAGGAUUUCUAUCUCAUGAUUCAGAUGGAGUCCCGGAAGAUGAGAAAAGCAGGAAGAAGAGGGAAAAGCUGGAGAAAAAAGCUUCAAGACCCAAAUUCGUCAAGACGAGGAGUAAGUAAGUUUUUCUUUGUAGUCCAUUGAGUGAAUCAAAACAUAGAGUCAAAGAAUGAAUAGAAUAUUUAGAUCGAAAUUUGCUUAGGCUCCCUGAAAAUAUGUGUGGAUUAUCUUGAAAUUUAAAGAAGCAAUUUUACUUGUUAAUUCGUUUAACCAUUGGGAUUUUCUUGACUUCACUCGAGCGUUCACUUUUCGGAACUUUGCUUCU